UUUGCGCCGGAUACAACUGCGCACGUAUUAAUGGCGCUCGUACAACGCGCAGCACACAAAGCUCACGCCGACAGAGAAAACCAGCUUAAACGCCACUGUAACAGUUCACGCUGUCGGUCGGCUGUACUAAUGCGUACGUUGCUGAUUGUAUGAUGUUUCUAAGGCGAAAAAAUUGGCAAACAGCGAGUGAGAAGCUUGACGCGCCAAAGUCUUCAAUUCCGCGCAAGAAAUCCAAUUGAAAUCCCAGCGGCCGUCACAUUAAGCGUUUGUCAGCGUGUCAGAAGGUGCAUUUUAAUCAUCUCCCACUUCGCCCGACGAUGCCGUCGUGCUAGCGGCAAAGGUCACUUGAUUCCCGCUUAAUCUGCGUAUAUAAUGGCCUAUCCCCCGUUUUUAUUCCCCCCCUCCUCGGCCCACCGCGGCCCCCCGGAUUUCUCCAUGAACUCCAUUUUGUCGGGAGGCCCCGCCCAUCCGCAGCACUCGCUGCCGGGCGGCAACCCCUUCUUCCCGCACAUGCCGCCGUUCCCCAUGCACUCCUUCUCCAACCCCUUCUUCAACAAGUUCCCCGCCCCCUUUCCCCCGGGGGCGCCCUCCGGCCCCUCCCUUUUGGGCGGAGGGGCGCCGCUGGACUUCGGCGCGCACCAGCGGCCGGUGCGGACGGUGGAGCCGGGCCAGGACGACGUGGAGGACGACCCGAAAGUGGAGCUGGACCAGACUGAGUUGUGGACGGAGUUCCACAAUUUGGGCACGGAAAUGGUGAUUACCAAAAGCGGCAGACGCAUGUUUCCCUCGUACAAAGUCAAAGUAUCCGGACUGGACAAACGCGCCAAAUAUUGUUUUCUAUUGGAUAUCGUGCCUGCGGACGACUGCCGGUAUAAAUUUCACAAUUCACGCUGGAUGGUGGCGGGAAAAGCCGAUCCCGAGAUGCCCAAACGGAUGUAUAUUCAUCCGGAUUCACCCAGCACCGGCGAGCAGUGGAUGCAAAAGAUCGUCUCUUUCCAUAAACUCAAACUGACCAAUAACAUCUCCGACAAGCACGGCUUCCAGACAAUCCUCAACUCCAUGCACAAAUACCAGCCACGACUGCACAUUGUGCGGGCCAGUGACCUCAGCCGGGUGUUCUUCAGUGCCUGCCGGUCGUUCGUCUUCCCGGAGACCCAGUUUGUAGCGGUGACAGCCUAUCAAAAUGAGAAGAUCACGCAGCUGAAGAUCGACAACAACCCCUUCGCCAAGGGAUUCCGCGACACCGGCGCCGGGAAGCGCGAGAAAAAGCGUCUCAUGCAGUCGCAGCCGCAUCACGCACAUUCGCACCACCACUCACACCAUCAUCACCAGCACCAUCAUCAUCAUCACACCACAUCCGCUUCCUUCAGCACAUCCGGUGCCGGUGGGACGGGGCUGGCGUCGCCGCCACACAAAGAACACUCAUCCACAUCCUCCACGUCAUCCGUGAGUCCGGCGGCACCCGGGCGCGAUGAGGAACGGGAGGGCAGUGAAGCGGCGCUGGCCCAGCCGCGUGAUGAGAAGAAUACCGUCCAGUGCGACGGAUUCACCCGCAUUAAUAACGCCCAUCAGCGGGCAGGCAGUGAAAAGCGCGACGGCAGCGAUUCCGAUUCAUCGGACAACGAGAACGACCCCACUUCCCGUCGUCACUCUUCCCCCUCACCCCGCCGCUCCCCCUCCCCCGCCACUAAAUCCGACGACUCCAAACCCUCGCACAAACCCGACUCGUCUCUUCCGGAAGACCUCUCGCGGUUCCCCCGCUUCGCCCCGCCCAGCUCCCUCCCCCCGGUGCCCACCUCCAUGAUGCCCUUCAUGUACCCGUCGGGCUUCCCACCCGCGGGGCUGGACCAGCCCGGCGCCAACCCCUUCAGCUUCAUGAUGCCGGGCAACAACGCGCCCUUCCCCAACCUGAACUCCUUCUACAACCAAUCCCCGUCCGGGACCUCCCCGUUCGGCCACCUCCCGCCCAACUUCCUCUUCAACCACCCCAUGUCCUUCCCGGGCGCGGCGGGCCUGAUGAACCCCUACUCCAACAACUUCCCGGGCGGCAAUUUGGGGCUGCCGCGCGGUCACCGCUUCAUUCCGUACCAGGUGCCGCAGAACCCCAAAAGGUCACCCAGCGCGCGGUCCCCGGAGUCGCCGACGCGCAUCUCCGAGUCGCGGAGUGUCUCCCCGAAAUCCCACAGCUCCAGCGUCAGCUCCAGCUCGUCGGUGAAAAAGGCGGUGGGCAGUGAUCUGCGGAAUAUGGAGAAGAUGAUUACCGGGUUGGAGAGAAAGGUCAAGGAUGGACAGAAGAAGGGCGCGGCAAUAAGCACAUGAACUGCGAGUUGUAUAUGGAUUCCGCGAUCUCUUGGAAAUGGAAUGCAUUGAGCGUUGUCGGCUGGGAAAUUUUGAUUCGCUGUCGCAAUAAGGAAAAGUUUUAUUACGCAAAUGUUUUCCCUUGAUGAGACACAUAGUGUGUGCUUUGGCAAAGUCACAUUAUCGGUAGAAUUUGAUUGUGUUUUUUCGUCAAAUACUGGCAGGACUGCUGUGUGAGGUCAUUUGUAUAAUGUAUUGCACCGGUUUGGACAAAGUCAUUCGUUUUCUAUGAAUAACUUGGAGUGUCUUUACUGUCUAUUA